AUGGAAAUUGAUCAACAAGAUGCAAGCUGUGAGUAUCAAGAAGAACAAAGUGGUGUAAAUAAAUCAGCAGCUAGAUCUUAUGAGUGCAAUUUUUGCAAAAGAGGCUUCACAAAUGCACAAGCUUUAGGAGGCCAUAUGAACAUACAUAGAAAAGAGAAGGCCAAGCUCAAGCAAUCAAUAUCGUCGCCAUCCUUGUCGUCAUCAUCGAACAAGAUGGUUGUAGACAUCCCGAAGAUGAUUCCGAGGACAACCCCACCACAGUUGCCAUGGGUUGUCUCACCAUCAAUGAGUGAAGGUCAUCGUCGAAGCGGAGGAGGUCGAGAAGAAACCCUAAUUUCGGAAGAAGUUCAACAACUCCCACUUUUCGUCAAAAAUACCUCAAAUAUGGAUCAAAAUUUGAAGAUUCAUCAAGUUCUUCCAAUCGAGGUGGCUUCCGAUCCGAAGCUAGGAUCAUCGUUUCGACACGGUUCUUCCAUCUCCGAGCUGGAUCUUGAGCUUAGAUUAGGACCUGAGCCACAAAACUCAACUCCAUCAUCACUCUCUACUGGUAGGACUACACAUUUCUUUUGA